AUGCCGUACUACGAAAAGUCUUCCUCCCAACUGGUAUACCCAGCCCAUGGCGGGAACGAUGCGGCUAACCCCGAAGCAUUCAUGCAUCCGAUUUCGAUGAUCACUUUCUACGGGUAUCCAGCCGAGCUUCACCAGGUAGUGACAGCGGACGGUCAUUUAUUGGAGGUGCAUCGCAUUCCUGGAUACAAAGGCAAUCGAUCGGUUCCGGUCAUCCUUCAACAUGGUAUCGCGUCGUCAUCUGCCGAUUUUCUGGCGAAUCAACCUCCAAACAAUUUAGCCUGCAUGCUCUGGGAUCACGGAUAUGACGUGUGGAUGUCAAACACUCGAGGAAAUCGCUACUCGACGUAUCAUAUGCAAUACGACCAGGAGGACCCCCGAGUCUGGGAUUUCAGCUUCGACGACAUGGCGAAAUUCGAUCUUCCCGCCAUUUUCUCGUAUGUGAAGGGAAACACAAAUUUCGCCCGUGUUCACUACAUAGGUCACUCCCAAGGGACUCAGUCUCUGUUCGCUCUGCUUUCGACACGACCAGACUUUGGUCAAAACAUCCGGUUAUUCACCGCCCUGGCACCGGUAGCUGCGGUCCAGCACGUUACGACGCCUUUCAUAAGAAUCCGGAACUUUUUUCCGCUCAUACGAAUGAUGAGUCCGAACGGGCACAUUCGAGCGUGGAAUCCUCGCAUCAAUCCAAAACUAGCUAGGCUUUGCCAGCGGAGCCAAAGGUCUCAACAUGCGUGCUCAUACAUGACUGAUCUGAUCUACAGACCAAACAGAAAACAGCAGGACAGAAGUCGCGCGGACGUGUACUUCUCGCAUUAUCCAAUGGACACCUCGGUAAAGAACGGUGAUCAUCUGCUGCAACUGGUUGAUAACGGAGGCUUCGCCAUGUUCGAUUAUGGGAAGGAAGGGAACCUGAAGAAAUACGGUGUUCCCUAUGCUCCACGAUACCCGCUGCACAAGAUCCGAGACGUUCGGAUAGCUCUGAUGUUUGCUCAAAAUGAUAACCUGGUCGAGAUCCAGGACGCCAAUUUCCUCCUGCGGAGUUUGCGAUCCGACGUGCUAUACGAUGUUUAUACGGUGCCAAAAGACCCUCAGUUUACUCACGUCGAUUUUCUGUGGGGGAUACAAGCUCGAGUGGUCGUAUGGAAUCGAGUCGUCAAGAACAUGAUCGAUGUAGAUCGUCUCGAAGAGUCUGCCACGUCCCUCGAGAAUGGAGUCUCCCUAGCCUCCUACGGUGACUUCAACCAUUUCGAUAGAUGA